UAACAAAGAUAACAUCCGGGGACACAGUUUUGUGACUUUCUUAUAUAAUUUGCAUUUUAUCGGCCCAACACUUUUGCAUUUGAAAUAUCUGAAGCGAAGUGUAUGAUUUUGACAUGGCAGGACUGAAGUUAGCGGGAAAGAACAUUUUAGUAUCCGGGGCCGGGAGGGGUAUAGGCCGAGCCAUCGCAAUUGCCCUUGUUGAGCAUGGCAGUAAGGUGUUUGCUCUUGAACGUAUACCAUCCACUCUAGAAUCACUUGUGAAAGAGGAACCGAAUAUAGAGUCGGUUGUGGCUGAUAUUUCGGACUGGGAAGAGACUAGACAUAAACUUGAAGACCUCAGAACGAUGGAUGGACUAGUGAAUAAUGCUGGAAUUAAUGAAACCGAUCCGGCUACCACAGUGACGAAAGAAAAAAUAUAUAAGGUGUUGGACACAAAUUUACUCGGUGCUGUCAACUGUUCGCAGGUAGUUGCAAGAAAAAUGAUCCAAGAGGGAAGAGCAGGUUCUAUAGUAAAUGUGUCAAGUACUGCUAGCCUAAUUGGUGCAGGAGUAGGUCUUCUCCCUUAUGCCAUAUCGAAAGGAGGACUGGACGCCGCGACUAGGCAGCUUGCUCUUGAACUUGGGCCAUACAAUAUCAGAGUCAACUCUGUUAAUCCAGCUCUUGUUAGGACAACCAAUAUAUCAACACAAUUUAUUGAAGAAUUUCCAGAGCUCGCUGAACAAAUUAAGUUUAAAAUACCAUUGAAAAGGUUGGCAGAAGUGAAUGACGUCACCGGUCCAGUCUUGUACCUCCUCAGCGACCUUUCCUCUAUGGUGACAGCAACGUGUAAUGUUAUAGACGGCGGAAUGAUAAACUGUACCGUUUUCUAGUCAUACUUGUGGUUCAGUCAUAGACUAAUUUCAGUCGGGUUACUAGAGUAAUAUGUAAGCACUCCAAAGCACUGUAAAUAUGGCUUGCUUCAAACAAACCGAGUCUGUUAUUAUUUUGCUUGGUUGCAUUCUAUGCUACAAAAGGAUCUUCUUACAGAUUUUGCACAACUGCAAAAACAUUGUUGUUUUCAAAUGGAAAAAAAAUGGAAACUAAAUGACAUAUUAAAACAAGGAAUGGAUUAAUGAAUAAAUCUGGAAUGCUUAAUGAAGCGUAACUAAUAUUCCCUAACAGAGCUGCUGAACUGCAUACAUGUGCACGUUGCAGGAAAACUUCGGGACUGACGUCAGCCGAAUUCGAACUUGUGUGGUAUGCUGUGUCUUUAAAUAUAUAGGACCGCGAAAUGUACGAGUAAAUAAUUUGAAUCCGACAGUUGUUAAGAGCAUGGUGACAUUUUGCUGGCUAUAAAAGUCUGUACUUUCCGUUAUGUAUAACAGAAUUAAGAUGUUUAGACUGUCGUGAGGGAAAUACUGCUGUUUUAAGAAACUUGCUUAGCUUAGUGGUACUUAGGCGUAAGAAAAAUUGUUUGUUUCCGGUAUCCCGACCUACCCUAAAUUUUUGGCCCGACCCUAAAUGUUUUUUUAUUGCCUUGGAGAAUAUUUUUUUCAACUUUUUAACAAAAAGAUGCAAAACUGCAUUUUUUAUGCUUUAAACAUGGCCAGUGAUGUUACAAAUCAACUUACUGAUGCUCUGAAGGCAUAACCCCCUUAUUUGUAAUCAUUUUUUGACAAAAAAAUAAUUUCCGAAAAGUCUCCCUUAAUAAAAAAAAUUUCCAAAAAAAAAAAAAAAAAAAAUUCCGACUACCUACCCUAAUUUUCUUGAGCAUGUUACCGGAAACAAAGAAUUUUUUUAGGCCUUAUUUAUUCGUCGGUCCAAUGUUAAUUUCAUUUGAAAUUAUUCGUCAAUAAAACUCGUGUAAUGAUAGAUAAAACCGGUAAACUGUCAAAAACUGUUCUCCCCUUCAUUAUUGUAAGAGAUACACUUUUACAUAUACAGACUCUAUCUCUUUAUUAAGUGGUAGUACACCUUUAUAUGUGUUUAUUAUGUGUUGGCCUACUAUUUUAAACAUAAUGCUUAAUACUAUUAAUAGACAUAAACUUGUUAACUUUAUGUUGAAGUAAUUGUUAAUGUGUUUAAAUAGGAAAUUUGUGUCUAAUAUAUCUUCUGGACGAACUCUUGUGUCUUCAUUUCAUUUUACACAUGUGUUGACUUUUCUUAUUUAUGAUCAAAGUGGUGUGAUAAUAAUUAAACUUAUUACUGCAGCUCUUAGUAUCAUCCUGGUUUUUCCUUAAAAUAAUUAAGCCAGUGGUGUCGGUCAUUCUGAACACUUAACCCCAGACCCCUAGUGAAUAAGAAACAUAUGAGGAACCAUGAUUUGGCCCUUCCUGUUAAUCCCGCGUUAAACUGUGUUCUUUUGAGACAUAUCUAUGCAAUAUUUCUUCCAUAGAAAACUUUAACCAAGGGAUGCCCAAUAAUAAACAUGGUUUACAAGUUCGAUUAAAACAUACGAUAUUUGAAAUAAUUAAUGAAAUAUUAUCGACAC